AUGGGCAAAGGCCAGUGCGAGCGACCCAAGGGCAGGACCUCGGCCUACGCAUACUUCGUGAAGGGCUGCCGGCACCAGCUGCGGAAGAGGAGCCCGCGCCGCGCCGUGGGCUUCCUGGCCUUCUCCCGCCACUGCGCCCGCAGGUGGAAGUCCAUGUCCGCCAGCCAGAAGGCGCCAUUCCAACGGCUGGCCGCAGCCGACCAGCACCGCUACGAGCGCCAGAUGCUCCGCUACGACCCCAGGAGGGCCGCCAGGAGAGACCCCGGCCGGCCCAAGCGGCCGCUCACGCCCUUCUUCCUCUUCUGCCGCGAAUACCGGCCACACAUUCGCUUCGCCCACCCCGAGAUGGCAGUCCCCAUGGUGGCCCAGAGACUCGGGGCGCUCUGGCGAGAGCUGAGCGACAGGGAGCGGCGCCCUUUCGAGGCCCUAGCCGCCCAAAUGAAAGACAGCUACGCCCACCAAAUGGCCCAGUACUGCCUGAAGAAGGGCCGCUGCAGAAAGGAGGCGACCGCAGGACGACUCCAAGAGCAGGUGGACCGCCAGGAGGAAGAGAGUGACUCCAGCAACUACAGAGAGAAUAGGGAGCUGGAGGAGGAAGAAUCGAAGCUGGGUGACGAGGACUCCGAGCUGCAGGAGGAGGACCCCGAGUUGGAAAACGAAGAGCCUCAGCUGGAGGAGGAAAACUCUGAGCUGGAUGAAGGAGAAGACUCUGAGUUGGGGUAUGAUGGUUCAGAGGAAGAUUGA